UCAUUUUUUUUAAUUGCUUAUUGUGUUUCUUAAAUUGUAGGGAUUAACGAUGUAUGUUAUUGAAGAGAUGAGGAAAUGUGCAUAUUUACAUCAUGAAUGAUUACUUCAGGCUCAACAGAUGGUUAUUAUUGAGUUACUCCAUAUUUGUUCCAAUUAUAUUAGUCGAUUAUGUCGUCAUAUUUGGUUCUACUAAGAGUAUAAAUGAAUAAUAAUUUACAAAAGAUGAUCUGGAUUGGAAUAACCACCUUGAUAUUUUUGAGAAUUGUUCUAAGUGUUGAAAUUAUUAGGGAUAUUAUGAGAAUAGUUAGUUUAAUUGCUAUUGAUUAACUGAUGAUGAGGAUCUACUUGAGUUGCAGGUUGUAUUGAGAAUUCCUUUUUGUGAUAUUCUGGU